AUGAAUCAUUCAACACCAUCACCCCACAAAACCACCAAAACAACCUCAUCCACCACCGUGUCAUCCUUCCUCAACCAACUAAUAACCCUAGACACCACCCUCUCCUACCACCUCCACACCAUUUCUCAACCCCUCCUUCCCCACUUCUUCCUUAUCCUCCUUGAACUCUCAGCUGAUUUCAGCUCCUUGUUCAUCAUCUCCCUCGCUCUCCUCCUCUUUCUCCGUCACCUUUUCUUCACACGUCUUCCACUAGGCCUCCUCCUCGACCUCGCUCUCAUUCGAUUCAUCAAGCCUCUUGUUGCCAUUCCGGAAUUUACGGAGUAUAAUUUGGAAUUAGUUCUGAGUUUGUUAAGAGCAGUUGUGCUCUUUGGAAUGCUCAAUCUCUUCAAAAUCUCUCAUUGGGCACUUGCCACUUCGGUCUCUAGGGUUGUGCUUGGGAGGCAUUUUUUCUUCGAUGUUUUUGCCAGGGCGUGCAUUGGUGUUCUCGAAGCUCUGUUUGCGUUUCACUUUCUGUGGUUCUAA